AUGACACCUGCGGCCCCGCUCCACCUGCUGCUGCUCUGCCUGCUGAGCGGCCGCCGGCUGCGGGGGGAGCCCGGGCAAGGCGCGGGCACCUGGGCUCGCUUCGCCCGCCUGCCCUACCCGGAGGACGAGCUCUUCCUCUACGACACCUUCCCCGCGGGCUUCCUGUGGGGGGCGGGCAGCGCCGCGUACCAGGCCGAGGGGGGCUGGCGCCAGGGCGGCAAAGGCGCCUCGGUGUGGGACACCUUCGCGCACCGGGCGGCGCCGGCCGGCGCCCGCCAGCCCCAGCCGCUGCCCUCGGCGCCCGCCGGCGGGGACGUGGCCAGCGACAGCUACAACAACCUCUUCCGCGACACGGAGGGGCUGCGGCGCCUGGGCGUCUCCCACUACCGCUUCUCGCUCUCCUGGGCGCGCCUGCUGCCCAACGGCACCGCGCCCCCCAGCCCCGCCGGCCUGGCGCACUACGGCCGCCUGCUGGCCCGCCUGCGGCAGCUGGGCGUGGAGCCCGUGGUGACCCUCUACCACUGGGACCUGCCGCAGCGCCUGCAGGACGCCUACGGGGGCUGGGCCAGCCCGACCCUGGCCGAGCUGUUCCGGGACUACGCCGGGCUCUGCUUCAAGCACUUCGGCGGCCAGGUCCGCUACUGGCUCACUAUCGACAACCCCUACGUGGUGGCCUGGCACGGCUACGCCACCGGCAGGCUGCCCCCGGGCGUCAAGGGCGGCCCGCCGCUGGGCUACAGGGCGGCGCACAACCUCCUCCAGGCCCACGCCAAAGUCUGGCAUCUCUACAAUGAUCAUUUUCGUCCAACUCAAGGAGGCCAAGUGUCCAUUGCCCUCAGCUCCCACUGGAUAAAACCUCAAGCUAUGACUGAACAAGACAUACAAGAAUGUCAAAAAUCCCUUGACUUUGUGUUGGGCUGGUUUGCUAAACCCAUAUUUAUUGAUGGUGACUACCCUCAGAGCAUGAAGAGUAACCUCUCAUCUCUGCUGCCUGAAUUCAGUGAUGCAGAGAAGAAGUACAUCAAGGGAACAGCUGACUUUUUUGCUCUUUCUUUUGGAGCAACACUGAGUUUCCAGCUCUUGGACUCUCAGAUGAAAUUCCUUCAGUUGGAAUCACUAAGCCUGAGGCAGCUCCUUUAUUGGAUAAGCCGUGAAUAUAACAAGCCCAAAAUAUUCAUUGUGGAGAACAGCUGGUUUGUCUCUGGUAGCACCAAGCGAGAUGAUGCCAAGUAUAUUUAUUAUCUCAAGAAGUUCAUUAUGGAAACUUUAAAAGCCAUCAGAUAUGAUGAAGUUGAUGUCUUUGGGUACACCGUUUGGUCCCUCAUGGAUGGCUUUGAAUGGCAUAGAGGAUACAGCAUUAGACGUGGAUUAUUUUAUGUUGAUUUUCAAAGCCAUGACAAGAAGUUUUUGCCAAAGUCUUCAGCUUUGUUCUACCAAAAGCUAAUCGAGAGAAAUGGCUUCCCGCCUUUGCCUGAGAAUCAACCCAUAGAUGGGAAGUUUCCCUGCGACUUUGCUUGGGGAAUUGUUGAUAACUACGUUCAGGUAGACACAACCCCCACCCAAUUCCUUGACACUAAUGUAUACGUGUGGGAUGUUCACCACACUAAGAAGCUUAUUAAAGUUGAUGGAGUUGCUACCCCAAAACGUAAGCGUCACUGUGUUGACUUUGCUGCCAUCAGGCUCCAGAUCUCGCUGCUGCAGGAAAUGCAUGUCACGCAUUUUCAUUUUUCACUGAAAUGGUCUUUGAUUCUCCCUUUGGGUAACCUGUCUCAAAUCAACCACACAUUCUUGCACUAUUAUCAGUGUUUUGUUAGUGAACUUCUCAGAGUUAAUAUAACUCCUGUUGUAGCUUUAUGGCAACCUAUGGCUGAGAACCAAGGGCUUCCUGUUGUGCUAGCCAAAUAUGGAGCCUGGGAGAACCCAGAGACUGUUCAAGCCUUUGUUGAGUAUGCCAAGCUCUGCUUCAAAAGUUUGGGCCACCAUGUCAAAUUUUGGAUUACAAUGAAUGAACCCUAUGUGAGGAACCUGACAUACUCUGCAGGGCAUAAUCUGUUGAAAGCCCAUGCUAAAGCCUGGCACGUGUAUGACAAAGAAUUUAGAAGAUCUCAGAAAGGUAAAAUAUCUAUAGCUCUGCAAGCUGAUUGGGUAGAGCCAGCCUGUCCUUUUUCCAAAAAUGACCAAGAAGUUGCUGAUAGAGUUCUAGAAUUUGACAUUGGCUGGCUUGCUGAGCCCAUCUUUGGGAACGGUGACUAUCCACAUGUGAUGAGAGAAUGGCUUCACCAAAGAAACAGCAUUGAUUUAUACAAUUUCCACUUGCCUUAUUUCUCUGAAGAAGAAAAGAAAUUAAUCCAAGGCUCAUUUGAUUUUUUUGCCUUAAGUCAUUACACCACUAUUCUUGUGGACUGGGAAAAAGAAGAUGCACUGAAGUAUGAUCACUAUCUUCAAGUUCAAAUGAUAAAAGACAUCACAUGGCUGAACUCCCCAAGCAGAGCCGCUGUGGUGCCCUGGGGACUGCGCAAAAUGCUCAAGUGGGUUAAAUCCAAGUAUGGGGAUGUCCCAGUUUAUAUUACAGCCAAUGGAAUUGAUGAUGAUCAGAAUAUGGUUCAAGAUAAACUGAGAGUAUAUUACAUACAAAAUUAUAUCAAUGAAGCUUUAAAAGCAUUCACCCUGGAUAAUGUCAAUCUACGGGGAUAUUUUGUCUAUUCUUUUAAUGACAGGACUGCUCCCAAAUACGGCCUCUAUCGUUACAUUGCUAAUCAGUAUGAGCCGAAGCCUUCCAUGAAACAUUACAGAGGAAUAAUUGACAAUAAUGGUUUUCCCAGUUCAGAAACUCCUGAUAGACUGUGCCCAGAAAUGCUUGUCUUGUGCCCUGAAUGCAACCUUUUCCAAACCAGAAAAUCUUUAUUAGCUUUUAUAUCUUUUAUAUUUUUUGCUUUUAUUGUUACUGUAUUCUUCAUUAUUUACUACUCUAGGAGGGUUGAAAGAAGGUAUAAAUAG